GACAGCAUGUGCUAUUCUCUAACAGCACGUGUGAUUACAAGGAGUGUGUUUGUUUCUCGAGAAGAAAGCUCACUCAAAUUUCUCUGAACUAAAUUGGUUUCUUAAAUAAUCAAAGGUCUCUCUAAUUUCAAUUCCUUUUCAGCUGAUUUCAAUUGCAUUUUCCUGAAAUGAAUCUUACUGCGUUUUCCCAGGAUUCGAAAAAUAAAAAUUGGGCUUUUUGAUUAUAUAAACAUUUCGUAUCCUUUUCAAAAAUCGAUAAUUAGGGUUUUAGCAAGGAAAAAGGUUGAAUUUUUGGGGUGUUGUUGAAGACAAUGUCUGUCUCCUCAUUAACACCCACGAAGAGACAACGCGACGAGAGUCUUACGGAGUCAGAUGGGAAAGGAAAUCGUCAAAAGCAAUCUUCAAAUUCGAAUUCUUCUUCGACCUGUGAUUUUUUUCGUGUUCUAUGUCCAAUUUCAAAAUCUGAUUCUCUUAUUGGAGAAGAAAGCUGUUUAGUUUCACAAAUUAAGGAGGAAACUGGUGUGGAAUUCAGAGUUGAAGAAGCUAUUCCUGAUUGUGAAGAGAGAGUUUUCGUUAUUGGGUUAGAGAAAGAAGAAGAAGAAGAUGAAGAAGAAGAAGAAGAAGAAGAAGAAGCUAGUAAAAAUGAUGGUGAUGAGAAAAAGGAAGAAGAAGAAAAGAAAAGGACUUCAUCACUUAAGAAGGCUCUGAUGAUUGUUUUUGAGAAAAUGGUUGAAGAAGAUGGAGAAAAUGAUGAAGAACAAAGCAAAAAAGCUUUUGUUUUUAGGUUACUUGUACUUUCAUCUCAAGUGGGAUGUAUUUUGGGAAAAGGUGGAAGUGUGAUUAAGCUAAUGGCAUCUGAUAGUGGUGCUCAAAUUAGAAUUCUUCCAAGGGAUAAACUCCCUCCAUGUGCUACAUCUUUAGAUGAAUUGGUUCAGAUCACUGGGGAGGUUGAGGCAGUAAGAAAAGCUCUUAACCUUGUCUCUCUUCAGCUUUUGGGGAUUCCCUUUCGUGAUCAUGAAAUUUUCCCUACAAACCUUUUGGGACCAUCUUCUCAUUUAUUUGGUCAACCUCGUCCUAGACCUGAAGCAUUACCAUCAUCCAUUCGUUCUUUUUCUGCUCAAGGAGCAACCUAUACUGACAGGCCUCGUGAUGUUGAGUUUCAUUCUGCUGCUCCCUCAUUAGUACCUAAAUUUCAUGAUGGUUUUCGUGGUCGAAUGAAGCCACCAUUAGAAAUACUAACUUUCCGGAUAUUAUGCCCUACUGAAAGAGUGGGCGCUGUAAUUGGAAAGGGUGGAACCGCUAUCAAGGCAAUUCAGCAAGACACUGGUUGUGAAGUUAAAGUCAUAGAAGAAGGCAUGUCUGAUUCCGAGGAUCGUGUUAUUACUGUAUCGGGUCAUGUGCAUCCAGAUGAUCGGGUAUCAGCUGUUCAAGAUGCAGUUCUUCGUGUGCAAAGUAAAAUAGCUCGGGCAGCACCUGACAGUAAGGACCAGAGUGUUACAGCCAGGCUUCUUAUUUCCUCCAAUCAGAUUGGUUGUCUUCUCGGCAAGGGUGGUUCCAUCAUAGCGGAAAUGAGAAAGUUAUCACGAGCACAUAUUCGUAUAUGGGGAAAGGAUCAAAUUCCCAAGUGUGCUUUACAAGAUGAAGAAGUAGUUCAGAUAAAUGGAGAAUUUGAAGCGGUUCAAGAUGCUCUUAUACAGAUUAGCACUAGGUUGCAGCAUAAUUUCUUUCGUGAAGCUUUUCCUUCAAUGAAUUAUCCCGCAAAUCCUCCAUUUUUUGAUCCUCCAUUCCUUCCAUACUUGGGACCAAGAGAGCUCUCACCUCCAGGAAUGCAUUCAAACUUUGGUCCAUCUUUACACAAGUUUGAUCUGCACCCACACGGUGGUUUCCGACCUCGUGAUGAUCGUGUCCCUUUCAUGAACAAUUUCCAUAGGUUUGGUGGCCCGACGCUAUCUGAAAGAAGACCGUGGGGUCCUCAGGGACUUCUCGAAGGCGGUGGCCCAGGUUUGCCAGACUUCGAUAGAUUUCCCGAAAGAGUCGGCCCACCGGCUGUAGUUUCUAGCACGACGGUUGAAGUUGUUGUUCCUCAUUCAGUUGUUCCCGCAAUUUAUGGAGAAGAUGGUGAAUGUUUGAAACAAAUUCGUCAGAUUUCGGAUGCAAAUAUUACUAUUAUGGAGCCUAAGGCCGGAGCUGUGGAAACUGCGAUAAUUAUAUCUGGAAUACCGGAACAAACUCAUGCUGCACAGAGUCUAAUUCAAGCAUUUGUGAUUAGCGAGACCGAGGCUACUUGAAAAUCUUCAUUCAGGUAACACUCGUAGGCUUGUUCGUUUGACCUCGAGCCCUAUAGAUAAGGCUUUGUAGCACAAAAUGUGGCGAUUCCUUCUGUUAAUAUGCACUCUUUUUGAGUUUCAUGAAGGAAAAUAGUGAUAUUUUGGUUGCUUAUUAUUGGUAAAUUAAAUUAUGGUCUCUAAUAUGAUAUCAGAUAACUCCAUUUUCUGUUUCUACCUUCAUUUUUGUGCACAUAAAUUCUGAUUAAUAUCAUAUCUAUACUUGCAGAAUUAAA